CCGGCCCCGCUCCGCUCCGCUCCGCUCGGCUCGGCUCGGCUCGGCUCGGCUCGGCUCGCAGCAGCGCGGAGGCUCCGCCGCGCCCGCCGCCGCCGCCGCACCAUGCCGGGGCCCCGCGGGCUCUGCCUGCUCGCCCUGCUGCUGGGCAGCCCCGCGGCCCCGCGCCCAGACAGUGGAUCAGGGGCAGCGCUGGUCCCCACCAGCCUGGACCCUCUCACUGCAGACGAGCUGGUGGACAAGACGGUCGGUGGAGCUGGGGAGCUCAGGCAUGCCAUGGGUUCAGCCGGCGGAGUCAGGGAGCUCGGGCACGCCACUGCCCUCAACCUGCUGCCGGCAGCGGAGGACAGUGCCGAGCCGGCGGCGGAGGAGACAACGCUGCUGGUGCGGAGCCACGUCCUGCCAACGCCCACCGCCGCCCCCGACGCUGAUGCAAAACAAACUUUCCCUGUUAAGAAAAAGCCACCUACGCUAAAGCAAGUAAAUACGGCAAGGAAGCACCUGAGGCCCAAGCCCACCCUGCCAGGGCCUCCCAGGGCUGCCUCCUCGGCCAGCCCGCUGGGGUCUGGGCUCCCUAUCGCCUCCCAAGGACCGCAUGCACCGGCAGAGGCAGUAGCCAGGACGGGGGACGCGGAGCAGAGCCCUCCCGAGCUGCCCUGGGGGGGCCGGGCCACAACCAGCCACCCCACGCUGCAGAUCUCCCCGUCCACCCUGCCGCCGGCGGUCCCUCGGCCCUUCCCCGACAGCACGGGUGAUGCUGCCGAGGCUCCGACUGUGGCUCCUGCCGGUGCCACCAUUAACUGGACAAACGGCACGGAGAGAGAGGUGCAUGGCUCCGCGUCAGAAGAGAGCCAAGAAACAACCACGUCCACCAUCAUCACCACCACCGUCAUAACCACGGAGCCCACCCCAGUCCUCUGCAGCAUGAGCUUCCAUGACCCUGAGGGCUACAUCGACUCCACGGACUACCCUCCACUGCCUGUGCACAGCUACCUGGAGUGCACCUACAACGUCACCGUCUACACGGGCUAUGGCGUCGAGCUCCAGGUGAAGAGCGUGAACCUGUCAGACGGGGAGGUGCUCUCCAUCCGCGGGGUGGACGGCGAUGCCCUGGUGGUCCUGGCCAACCAGACCCUGCUGGUGGAGGGCCAGGUGAUCCGCAGCCCCACCAACACCAUCUCCGUCUACUUCCGCACCUUCCAGGAUGAGGUGGUGGGGACUUUCCAGCUCCACUACCAGGUGUUUAUGCUGAGCUGCAACUUUCCACGGAGACCUGACUUUGGAGACGUCACCGUGAUGGAUCUGCACUCGGGUGGAAUUGCUCAUUUUCACUGUCACCUGGGCUAUGAGCUGCAGGGUCCCAGGGUGCUUACGUGCAUCAAUGCAUCAAGGCCGCACUGGAGCAGCCCAGAGCCAAUCUGCUCAGCUCCCUGCGGCGGGACGGUCCACAAUGCCACCAUUGGCCGCGUCCUCUCACCCAGCUACACGGGGAACCAGUCGAGCAGCAUGUACUGCGUGUGGGUGAUCGGGGCCCCCCCGGGCCAGAAGCUGCACCUCCACUUCGAGAAGCUCCUGCUGACCGAGAAGGACAGGAUGGUGGUGUACAGCGGGGACACGAACCAGUCUGCCGUCCUCUAUGACUCGAUGCGUGCCGACAGCGUGCCCUUCGAAGGGGUGAUCAGUGACGGCUCCUCCAUCAGAAUUGACUUCCUCGCGGAGGAGCCCGCGGCCACCACGGCUUUCAACAUUCGCUUCGAAGCCUUCGAGCGGGGCCACUGCUAUGAGCCCUACAUCCAGAACGGGAACUUCACCACCUCUGACCCCACCUACAACCUGGGCACCACCGUGGAGUUCACGUGCGACCCUGGGCACUCCCUGGAGCAGGGCCCCGCCGUCAUCGAGUGCGUCAACAUGCGGGACCCAUACUGGAAUGACACGGAGCCGCUGUGCCGAGCCAUGUGCGGGGGGGAGCUGACUGCCGUGGCCGGGGUGAUCCUGUCCCCCAACUGGCCGGAGCCCUACGCAGAGGGUGAGGACUGCAUCUGGAGGGUCCACGUCGGUGAGGAGAAGCGGCUCUUCCUAGACAUUCAACUCCUGAACCUCACCAACAGUGACAUCCUCACCGUUUACGAUGGGGACGAGCUCACUGCUCGCAUCCUGGGGCAGUACGUUGGCAGCAGCGGUCCCCAGAAGCUCUACUCCUCCAGCCCCGACCUCACCAUCCAGUUCCACUCAGACCCCGCUGGGCUCAUCUUUGGGAAGGGGCAAGGAUUCAUCAUGAACUACAUAGAGGUGUCCCGCAACGACUCCUGCUCCGACCUGCCCGAGAUCCAGAAUGGCUGGAAGACCACGUCACACACGGAGCUGGUGAGAGGGGCUAAGAUCACCUACCAGUGUGACCCAGGCUACGACAUCGUGGGGAGCGACACCCUCACCUGCCAGUGGGACCUCAGCUGGAGCAGUGACCCCCCCUUCUGUGAAAAGAUUAUGUACUGCACGGACCCAGGGGAGGUGGAGCACUCGACCCGCCUCAUCUCCGACCCGGUGCUGCUGGUGGGGACCACAAUUCAGUACACGUGCAACCCUGGCUUUGUGCUGGAGGGCAGCUCACUGCUGACCUGCUACAGCCGCGAGACAGGGACACCCAUCUGGACCUCGCGGCUCCCGCACUGCGUCUCUGAGGAGUCGCUGGCCUGCGAUAAUCCAGGACUGCCGGAAAACGGCUACCAAAUACUUUAUAAGCGCCUCUACUUGCCAGGAGAGUCCCUGACCUUCAUGUGCUAUGAGGGCUUUGAACUCAUGGGGGAGGUUACCAUCAAAUGCAUCCUGGGCCAGCCGUCCCACUGGAGCGGACCCCUGCCCAUCUGCAAAGUGAAUCAGGACAGCUUUGAACAUGCUCUGGAAGUAGCAGAAGCUGCUGCAGAGACAUCGCUCGAGGGGGGAAAUAUGGCCUUAGCCAUAUUCAUCCCGGUGCUGAUCAUCUCCUUGCUGCUGGGAGGAGCGUACAUCUAUCUCACAAGGUGUCGGUACUACUCUAGCCUCCGCCUGCCCCUCAUGUACUCCCACCCCUACAGCCAGAUCACAGUAGAAACGGAGUUCGACAACCCGAUUUACGAGACAGGGGAAACAAGAGAAUAUGAAGUUUCAAUAUAAGGACAGCGGUAAGAGAGUCUUCGGCUGCGAACUUAAUGUGCUCUCAUAGAACUUCCUCAGUAACUAAUCCAGAGACCACGUGGAGUUUGGUUGGACCCCUGGACCUGCUGUUGUCUUUCCUUUUGCCUCUUUAUUGAAGAUUUUACUGUUUUCUUCACUGUAUUUAUUCUAUUUAAACUGCGAUAGGUGUGCUGCAAAGACCUGGGCGCAGGCAGCAGCGGGAGCCAGGGCAGAGCCGGGUUCCGGUGAGGCCAGGGCAGCACGGGGGCACCCGCUGUUCCCCCCCACAUAGCGGCGUGUCCCCCGGCACUGCCCACACACAUGCAGGGGGAUUUUUGCGGUUCUGAUGUUGUUAAAAAUUAAAAAUGUCUCCAUUGCAAGAGCCUGCAGUUGAUUGCUGGGAGCUGAGAGAGGGGCAGGGUUUGCCACAGGGUCCCACCGGUGCUGCCAGCCCUCCCCGUCCCGCAGCUCCCAGCUCCCCUCGCCCCGAGCGGGAGCUGCAGCCGGGGGCUUGGGGCCUCGUGCCACCGGUGCAGGGACCAUCCUUGCUGCGGGGAAGUGGAGUGUGGCUCAGGAAAGCUGCCAGCCGGUGCGGAGCCCAUGCUUGCCACACCGGGGAGCACAGGACGGCCUGGCAUGCAUGAGGUACAUGCCGCUUUCUUUUCCCACUUUGCUUUGGAUGCUGGAGAGGCAGCGAGCCAGGACUCACAGCUCUACAGAGAAGCAUUAACCAGUGACCCCCAGCAGAACACUGCUGGGGAGCCAUGGGAAGCCCCCCUGCAGCAAAGGGGAGCUCCACAGCCGGUGCCUCUUUGCUCACGCCAGUUGUUCUUUACUAACACUUACCAUCACCCUUGCCAGGAACACCGCGGUCCCGCUAAUGGCCGGAGGUCACCCCUUGCACCCCAGUAGCAUCUCAGGGUAAGCAGGACGGACUGGGCUCCCUACCACCGCUCCGGCCAGCUGCAGACCUCCCCUUCGCUGCAGGAGGGUCCGCUGCCUACCCCGGUGUGUGGGCAGCCAUGCCGGCACAGCACUGGGCAGAGAUCGGGGCAGCAGAGCCCACCCGGCACCUGCUGCCCCGACCUCCAUGGGUCUGCAGCUCCCACCUGUAGCCCCUGGGACUGGCACCUCACUGGGGCUUGCAGCUGGGCAGGAGACGGAGAAGGGCAGGGGAUGAAGGCAGAGGUUUAUUAGGGAAGGAAAGGCAGGCAGGCAGCGUGGCCAGGCUCCGGCACAGGAGACCAGCCCGCGGGGAGCAGAACAGGAAGAAAUCAGCCCAUCAAAGCUGGUCCCACUCCAGGUGAACCCCAGUUUGAGCCUCAGCGUCCUCUGUGCUCCUUCGCUGCCUUCACCUUUGGGGACACAGACCCCAAAGGGCCAUCUCCUCCCCAGGCCGCCCCUGCCACCAGGCCCCCAGCCAGGCCCUGUGGAGGGCAGUGAAGCCACCGAUGUGUCCUUGGCUGCUGGGGUCUUUCUUUUGCCCUUGUAGAACAGCAAUUGUAACCAUGAGAGGCUGGUUCAGUUUCGGGAUGGUUAGUGCAUCUCUGCAGUGUACAGCUGAGACUUAGUUUUUUUCCUUUAAAAACAAUGAAUGUGUGUUUGUAAUUUGUAAAGGUUAAAAAAAAAAAAGAAAAAAAAGAAGAAAAAAAUGUGCCAAAAAUGUACUAAGCAUUUCAUUUCCCUUCAUACAUGUCUGUUUUUAUAAGAACAAUGUGAAAAUUGCUGGGAUUAAAUAUUUUUGAACAUGAUAAAUUACUUCCGUGGGAAGCUCUAGCAUUCAGUAUAACCUCAAUACAAAUUGUUCUGUA